AGAAGAAAGCUUACUUUUUGAAAUAUUGAUUCCAAUAAUCCCGAAAGUGAAGAACAAAUCAAAUGCUAAAUACUGUCAUGAAAUUUAUAUUUGCAUUCAUUCAAAUCUCACACCUGGUCCUGAAGAGAAUAAUCGUCAUCAACUCAAAUUAACUGCACAAUCUUGUUGAUGUGCCGAAAAACUUUCAAAUGUCGAAGAUUAGUGAGUUAUUUGCAAACAUGGCCUUACAAAGGAAAGAGGAUGAAGCCCACCAAAAACAAUGGAAGAAGGACUAACAUUACAACACCAAUUCUGGCUUGAGUGUCCGGCAUACAGCAAUGUACAAGAUGCUAAUAAUCAUCUAGAAUCGAUUCAGCGCAUCCUCGAGGAGUUUCAUAUCAAUAGAGAUACAGUCUCUGGCACGAUAAUCAAUAUCGUGACACAUCUUGCCUUAAUGCGUAGUCAAUACUUUACGACACGAGAGCAGAAGUUCUUGACACUAACUUUUGUGAGUUACAAAGCUCAAUACGCUGACCUAGGCGCAGACCAUAAUACAAUCGCCUCACAACCCGCUACAACACACUUGUCACACAACUCACUGAAACACAACAAGUUAUAUUAAGAACGCAAGCAGCACGCGGAUAAGGGUUGUAACGCUAAAGCUGAGGAGAAUCUUCGUGGCGAACUACUAAACGCGUACGAUGAGAUAGAGAAACUCAAAAUACGCAACGACAAACCUAAAACUUUCGUGGAAAGAUUUGGCACAUCGGCUCAACAACCAAUCAUCCCUGAAAAUGAAUACCCACAGUGUAAGGACGCAUACAAUGAGACAAACUAGAAAGCUAUCUCAACUUUGGCAGUUGGUUCGCUGGCCUCCGCAUGGAACUAGACACUCGGUGUUUUCAGCCGGUUACACCUAGAAUGCAGCAAUACACUCUUUGGUGGGACGAUAGACAUCGCCGCUAACAGCAAGUGCCGUCGAAUACUCGUAGAUUCUAUCAGCACAGUACUCAUCAAGGCGGUAUACAAGCAAUACAUAUCAAAACCGCCUCACGUGUUCUUCAAUCACAUAUGUGUGGCAACGAACACUGGCAGUCAAGGUAAACUAUGGGGCACCCUAUAGGAGCUUGUAAGAGUGCAAUGUAGUAGACUUUAAAUAAAGCGC